AUGCUUCCGGCAAUUGACACAAAGCCAGAGAAACAUAUCCUGAAGCCAUGGUGGGAUAUUUUCACUGACUAUAUCUCAGUCUUCAUGAUGAUAAUUGCAGUGUUCAGCAUUUAUCUGCAGAUCACACGGGAAACUGUGACCUGCCUACCAUGCAACUGGGUGGACAACAAGCAAUGCAAAACUGUUCCCUUCACAAACGUGACCGCAGACUUGCAGACUGCGCGUGGCAUUUCAAGAAGCAGAUACAUCAGCAACUUCUGCUACGAGAACAACGUACACUGGUUUGCCAAGUAUUUCCCCUAUCUGAUGUGUGUCCACACCAUCAUCUUCAUGGCCUGCAGCAAGUUCUUGUUCACCAUUCUCUCCACAAGCUCAAAACUGGAGAACUUUGUCUCCAUCCUGCUCAAGUGCGAUGACUCCCCAUGGACAACGAAGGCGUUGUCCGAGACUGUGGUGGGGGAGACAGAUCCCACGUCUAAAAUAAUCAAGUCCAGAAUUGAUACUGUUCUCAGUAAAAAAGACGGGGAGCAGGCGAAGGCUCUUUUUGAGAAGGUGAAGAAGUUUAGAAUCAAAGUAGAAAAAGGUGAUAUAGUCUACCGUGUCUACAUAUGUCAGACAAUCAUAAAAAUAAUCAAUGUUUUACUUAUAAUUACCUACCCAUUCUACUAUAUAAACUUUAUAGACUUCAAUAUUGUGUGUGAGGUGUUUAUAGGAGGGUACAGCACAUUCUCUUGCAUUUACACUUCAGCAAAACCUUAUAGGAUGUACGUCUGGGUAUUCAUCACCUUGGGAGUAUUUUGUACUUUGAUCUGCUUUUAUACUCUGUGUUGGAUGUGGACCCGGUCCCUCAAAACAUACUCCUUCGAAUCAAUGCGAGAGGAGAGCAGAUAUAGUGACAUCCCAGACAUGGUGAAAGACUUUGCGCUAAUGCUACACCUGACGGAACAGUAUAACCCUCUUUACACCGAGCGCUUCGCUGUAUUUCUGUCAGAGGUUAGUGAGAAGAAACUGAAGCAGGUGAACCUGGACAAUGAGUGGACAUUGGAGAAGCUAAGUCAGCACAUCACCAAAGACACCCAAGAGAAGCUGGAGCUGCAUCUGUUCAGUCUCAGUGGGAUCCCAAAUGCAAUAUUUGAGCUGAAAGAGCUUGAAGUGCUCAAGCUGGAGCAUAUGCACAACUUACAUAUUCCGCCAAAUAUCAGUCAGCUUUCCAACCUGACGGAGAUGUGGCUUUUCCACACAUCAGCUAAAAUUGAUCCUCCAGCUCUGGCUUUCCUCAGUGAGAACCUGAAAACCCUACACGUUAGCUUCACCGACAUCACAGAGUGCCCCAGGUGGAUCUGCAGCCUGAGGACCCUGAUUGAGCUGCACCUAACCUGUACCAUUGGUGCCACUUUCAUUUCAGCCACUGAAAUGCUUAAAGACCUCAAAAUGCUCAAAGCACUAUAUCUAAGGAACAGUCUAACCAAGCUGCCAUAUACAGUGCUAGAUGUGUCCGCCCACCUCCAGAAGCUCUCCAUCAAUAACAGUGGUACCAAGCUGGACUUAAGUUUCGGAAAACCAAUUUUUACAAAUCUGAGGGAGCUUGAGCUUGUUUCGUGCAACCUUAAACACAUUCCUUCCAUCAUCUUCAGUUUGCACAAUCUGCAAGAGAUUGACCUGAAGGACAACAAUCUGACCUCCAUCGAGGCAAUCCUCACCAACAAGUACCCAAAGUGGCUUGUGUGCCUGAAAGUGUGGUACAACAAUAUCACCCACAUCCCACUUCAGAUGCGGAAACUUGUCAGACUGCAGAGGCUGUAUCUUAACAACAAUAACAUUGAAAAUGUCCCCAAGGAACUUUUUGACUGCCAAAACCUGCGCUUUUUAGACCUGAGCCACAACAAGCUGUCCAGCAUCAGUGCUAAUGUAGGUCAGCUCCAGAAACUGCAGUACUUUGCUGUGACGGCAAACUGGAUUGAGACUUUGCCCCCAGAGCUCUUUAAGUGUAAAAAGCUGCAUACUCUGAAUGUGGGAAACAACCGUUUGCAGACACUUCCAUCAUGCAUCAAAGAGCUCACCAUGUUGACUGAGCUGGAGCUGAGAGAGAACUUGCUGAGUAGUCUACCAGUGGAGCUCGGCGAGUGUCGACUGUUAAAAAAGAGCCGUCUAGUGGUGGAGGACAACCUGUUUGACACGCUGCAAACAACAGUCAAAGAACAGUUUUUGGCCGAGUGA